UGCAUAUCACCCCUCUGGCCCUGCGCGGCAACCCGCUUUCGCGCCCUCUUAUUAUCACUAUACGACUCGAGAUUUCUGAUUCCCCACGUUCCCAUCUUAUUAUUAUUAUUAUUUUUCCACUUGGAGAUUUCCUCCUCCUACGCCCUAGUCCUCUCCACUUUCCACAUCUGAUUUCUGGGUUGUUCAUCGUUUUUCCAUUGUUUGCAUUUGUUUUGGUCAAUAUACCCGGGAGAGGUGUCCGUCCGCUUGCACAAGUGGAAAUUUGCAUAUACAAACACACAUACAUAGACAUAUCCACAUAUACAGCCAUGGCUCUGUUAAAGAGAUAUUACUGCGACGAGACGGUGGACGGCGAUACGGAAUGUUUUGUCGAAGACGGAUUUUGGUACACAGAGAAAGGCAUCAUCAUCAAAUGGAUCAUCUUCGCCCUCUUCUUCAUCAUAUUCUUUGGCUGGUUCGUCGGCGGCCGCAUCCACGCAAGGAGACGGUUACGAAAGGGUCUACCGCUGCUGUCGUAUCACCGCUUCCUAAUCUCCUACUCGGAACGCCAACGCCACGGUCAAGUGCCUCAAAACCACUUCACCUUCUACCAAACACAAAACCCUUACAGUGUCCCCAACAACGCCGCAAAUCCCCAGUACACGCAGCGUCAAGACGGCGCGUGGGCGGAACCCCCGCCACUGUAUCAAAACAGCGAUGCGCCGCCCCAGUACUUCGCACCACAGGGCUCUGCAAAGACUGCCCCGAACCAGUAUGCCAUGGAAAUGGGACAGUACGGCGGACCACCAAUGGCACCAGCGCAGGCGGGACCCCAACAGAGUGGGGUGGUAGGUGGUGCUCCUGCGACGUCGGACGUUGAGCAAGGGCAAGCAUCAUCCCAAGAACUACCGCCCAGACCAGCUCAAGCAAAGAUCAUGGGCGUCCUAGGCCGGUUUAGGCGGUAAAAACUCUUUGGCGUCUUCUCUCCUCCGCUGGAGAGACCAAAAAGGAAAAAAAUUAUAAGUUUCUAUCCAUGUAUAAGAAAUUUUUUUGUUACUUGAAAGAGAAUUCAAAGAGAGAGUGUGUGUGACUGGAUCAUACCUCCCGUGUAUUCUUUUGGGGGGGGGCGGGGAAUGGGACGAGGAAGAUAAGGGGAUGGUUGUAGUCUUUUUUUGUACAGAACAGAAAGACGACAAUUGUAAUCAAAGGGGGAAGAGAUGGAGAAAGCAUCGCCAUUUUUUUUAACGUUAAUUCACAUGAUAGCAAAGCGAGCGUUAUUUAUUGAAAUUUUUUUAUUCGAUUUGAUUCGAAAAGAGAAAGAA